AUGGUGCUCGCACUAGCAUUGAAGGCCGAAUUGAACGGAGUCACCGACCUCCGCCCAAACGACACGGAAGACGCGCCCUUUUUCUACACUUUCAAAGUCCAAUGCACGUCAUGUCGCGAAGUACACCCCAACCCCGUGUCGGUAAAUCGCUUCGAGAUGAACGAGCAAAGCGGCAGCAAGGGUGAAGCCAACUUUGUCUGGAGGUGCAAGAACUGUAAGAGAGAACACUCAGCGAACAUCAAGGCCGCACCCGCAUCCUAUCCACAAAGCGACCCGCCCAAGAAGAUCAAUAUCCUCGAGUUUGACUGCAGAGGCCUGGAAUUUGUCGAAUUCAAGGCUGAGGGAGAGUUCCUUGCGACGGGCAUAGAAUCUGGCACCAAGUUCUCGGGCAUCGAGCUGCCUGAUGGCGAAUGGUACGACUACGACGAGAAGGCUGGCGAGGAAGUCAGCAUCACAAAUGUCGAGUGGGAGAUACGUCGCGCAUAG